UUUAAAAUAUGAUUUCAGCUGUAUAAAUGAUAUGACCAUUCAACAGUACCUUGCUGAUACUUCUAUUUUUUUAGGCUUUGAAAGGCAUCAACAAUGACUACAGAUGUUCAGCCAAGGUUACCACAUAUCAGUUUGGAAUUUUAGUCAGGCAAAAGCAUUUUAAGGAAAUGGAUUAGUUAAAAUCAGGGGAACACUAGUUUUGGAUCUUUACAACAGAGAUUCAUGUCUUUAAUUUCUACAGCUAUAUAUCGCAUGAAUCUGUGGCCACCAUUAUAGCUAAAGGAUUGAUUUGGUCCCUCUUCAUUUUAGAAUAAAAUUAGAUCAGUCUAGUGACAUACUUGCUGCACUAAAGUCAAGGAGAAAACUCCCAUUGAUUUCACUGAAGUCAAUUAAUCACCAAGAUUUCUUACAGCAAGAUCCCACAAACAUGUAUGUUCAGUCAUCAAGGUUUGAAAAACUUUUACAAGUUUUGACAGCACUUUAUGUUAAAAUAUGUGCAUGUUAUCUGAACCAUAAUUAACAGAUUAGAACAUUCAUGGUGAGUGUUGGAUAAAAUUCUUUCCCAUUUAUAUUUAAGUAUCUUGUCAGUUCUUUGCAUUUUAAAACUUCACACAGGGACCAAUUUUGCAUCUACUGGAACUGCUAACAGAGCUUCCAGUAUUUUCAAUGCACUAUGAUCAAACCUUUAAAGAGUAAAAUACUGAUGUGCUGAUUAUUAUUUUUAUGAUUGGGAAGUGGUAACAGUAAAUGAGAGCAAGAAAACAACUGCAAUGUAACAAGACCUGAUUAUUAUAAUCUGUAAUGAUGUAUAUAGUGCCAAAAGGUGGUACUAAGGAAUCAUUUCUGAGUAAUGUUGUAUAUAAAGUAUAUUCCAUGUUAAUCUGACUGAAAUUUUGUCUAUUUUCACUGCUUAUUAAACAACCAAAUUUGCUUAUGGAACUCACAAUUACUCUGAGAGUUUGUGUAUUUUCUUAUACAGUCAUAUGCUAAUCUGCCUUAUGGAAAAAAAAAACUCAGCUUGUUUCAGUUACAUCUGAAAAACAGAGACUUAAACACUUGCAUUCAAUUCAGGAUUCCAGCUUUGGUAUCUAAAUAAUGAGUUGUCCUGAUCAAGACAUACUGGGCCAGGCUUUCGAAGAUGCAUUAGAGGUGCUGCAGCAGCACUCUGACACUGAAAUGCAAUAUUCACCAGGUUAUAGAAAUUGCCUGACUGUGAUCAACCAUCAUCCUCACUUCCGAGCAAGUGCCAACUACUCUGCAGCACCAUCUGCAGAGGACCCAGGAUAUAGCUGGAGAAAUGUAAUAAACAGUGCAGCGGAUUUUUGUGCAGAUGAAACUGUCUACCACACUCUGCAGAAUAUUCCAGAAAAUCAAGUGAUGCAUGCUGCUGCUGGCCAGCCAAAAGCAGGGAAAGGUAGAAAAAAACUUCGACUGUUUGAGUACCUCCAUGAGUCUCUGUAUGAUCCAGCUAUGGCAAACUGCAUCCAAUGGGUGGAUAAGCCCAAUGGUGUCUUCCAGUUUGUCUCCAAAAACAAGGAGAAACUUGCAGAGCUGUGGGGAGAAAGAAAGGGAAACCGCAAGAUCAUGACAUAUCAGAAAAUGGCCAGAGCACUGAGGAAUUAUGGAAGAACAGGUGAAAUCAUUAAAAUUCGAAGGAAGCUGACAUACCAGUUCAGUGCAGUUGUUUUACAGAGACUUUCUCCAUCUUAUUUCUUGGGAAAAGAAACAGUUUAUCAUCCAUACAUUCAGUCUAAUCAAGAAUAUCAGUGUGCAGAUGACUGGAUCAAUUACAAUAAUUACAUGUAUAACAAUGGUUAUGCAUUACAGCAUGCUAACAGCUAGACACAUCUUUCACAUAAACAGGCUUUCCAGCUCAGGAACUCUUCUCUACACAUGGCUUUUCUUUUAAAAUAUCUUACCAACACACACUGAGGAGGGUUUUAAAAAUGGCUUUGGCCUAGUUUUGUACUUUUUGAAGUUAAUUACAGUCAGUGACUAUUCAAGAAAAGCAGCAGCUCUAGGGCAGGUUUUGUUCUCUGUUACAUUAAUCAGAGGAAUUCCUUCAGAUUAAGUUACUAUACCCAAGAUCAGGAACAAGGCUUUUGCCUGCUACUGGGCACAAAAGAUCCCAUCCUGAUAACAGCCCUCUUACAACAGUCAUUGUCUUUGUUGGAAGUUUUGCAUAUAUCCCCAACAUUUACAAUCAGAAUUUAGAUGCUAUUGUACUCUAGCACACACAUUCUGUAUCAGCUGGAUGCAUGUGAAUUAGAAAGGGAAGAGAUUUGCCAACUGUGUGAAGCUACUAUCUGCUUUUUUCAUCAAUGCUUUCUAUUAACAGACGUUUUGUGAGUAAAUGUUUGGCUGAAGUGUAGAGUCCACAUGAAGGUGCACCUGUUGGCAAAGUUGUUAAUCCUUAAUCACUUAAAUUAACAUAUCUUAGCACAGAUCCUGACAUAUGGUAUUAGGAUGGCCAGGUGCACAUUUCACUGUUGGCAGUGGAUUCGUUGGGAGAGCGACCAUAUCAUGACAGAGUUAGUAAAGGAUUAUGCUUUUUAUGAAGUUAUUUACAGUUCUUCCCCCACUAAUAUGAGAAGCUGCACUUUUGUCCAGCAGUUUUAUGUUCAGCUGACAAACAGCUUUGUUAUUUAUAAUCUCUUUUGUAUUAUAACUUUAUAUAUAUACACAUACAACUUCACUUCUCCAACUUCUUUUCCUGCAUGGUGGUGUAGCCAAAAGACUCAGUGGUUUUGCACUCUUUUCAUGGGGAAGGAGAACUAAAUUUAGGUGAAGAGAGAGUACUAGCCAUUUAUGCCAGGGUGAUACCUGUAGGUCUACUUUUUCUCAUACUUCUGCUUCCUGGCACCCUUGCAUCAUCAUUUGUAUUGGCUGUUGUGCCAAAAUACUUCCAUUCAGCUGCAUUCAAUUGCAUGUUCUGCAUUUUGCUCCAGGUGCCUGCAAGCCCAGAUAUUGAUAAAGUCAAAAUUGAUUUGUACAGAGAGAUAUAAAUGGUGGCGUAAUAUUUUUGAUGAAAUUCACUGACUUUGAUAGUUACUCUUUGCUCUAAGCAGGAGCUUACUUCUACAGAGAAAUCAUUUUAUGUGAUAGAUGCAAUACAACACUCCCUACUCAAGCAAAAAUCAAUGUUUUCAGUUAAGAGAUGGAAGAUGCAUACUCCUAUAAAUAUGAGUCAUGUUAAAUAGCACUAAAAGCAGUCCCAGAUUUUCAGUCAGUGAACAUCUGCCAAAAUAAGAAGGUCAUGACUGUGUUGUUAAUAUUCUGUUUUCAGUGUAGUUUCCUGAACUAUGUAAGCUUUAAUGACAAAAUAAACACAAGAAUGCCUCUGCUCCCGUAGAACGGAAUCUGGAUCCUGCUGUAACAUUGUAUGUAGUGGGAAUUUUACUCUUACAAAGGACUGAGGUCUUUCAGUUGGGAUGCCUUCAUUGUAUGAGCACAUAUGUAAAUACAGCAUUUCAAAUGCACACGCACUUGCCAAGAAACUGCACAGUUUAGUUAUUCUGCAUCUGUUACCCAGUGCACACUGACUUACGUUAUUUACUAGGCUGAUAACAUACACCAGGUUAAGAGUCUGCUUUGUGCAACAUGCUUCCUUUAUCAGAAUGUUCAGAUUCAUUUUUCUCACUCUCAUCUACUUGUUAAGGAAAUAAAUACUUAUUCAGA